UCUAAUAUCCCAUCAGCCUUUGUAAUCCAACAUGGCAGCGCCCAUGAAUUAUUUUGGUCGGAAAGGAAAACAUCGGUGAUUUUCAGCGAUUUUCAAUCCAAAUCCAACCUUGCUACGUAUGACACGAUGGUGGACGAUCCCCAAAGAAACUUCCGCUCCCACUACUACGAGAAGGUUGGUUUCCGGGGUGUUGAGGAAAAGAAAUCGCUGGAAAUCUUGUUGAAAGAGGAGACCAUCGCCUUGAGUAAACUGCAGACAUUUGUUUUGAGAUUUCCUCUCCCCGCCCUCUUUAGGCCGCUGGUUUGGAAAGUGCUACUCGGUGUCCUUCCUGUCCACAAAGAUGCUCAUGAGUUUGUAGUGAGACAGAAGGAGGAGCAGUACCAGGACAUGAAGCAUGCUCUCGUCGUGAUGAGGUACAUCAACAACAACUCUUCACUCCCCAACAUCUUCCUCAACAUGCACCAGAUGGAGGAAGGCAGACUGUUGCUGGAGGAACCAGAGGAACUACUGCCGGCUGAUCAGAACUAUGUUACCAUAGCAACCAGGAUGACAGAGAUGUUGGAGGAUGAAGUCUUCAUCUUCUUCCUGUGUGAGGAGUUUCACAGAAGGCUACAGGAGCCAAAGUUCAAAGAGUCCAUCCCCCAGAUGAUAAAGAGACUUGUGCAGUACCUCCAGACUGAGGACCAGACCCUGUACACACACAUGCUCAACACAGGCAUCCUGGGAGCUCUGCCCUGUGAGAGGUGGUUCGGCACGUGUUUCGCUCACAUUCUGCCUGAAGCCUGCGUGCAAAGAAUCUGGGACAAGGUGAUAGCUGGUUCCUACCGGUUCCUGCUGCCUGCCUGA